GUAGCAGACGAACUUGUCAUAUGACCACCUAGAACUUAAUCACAUGCCUCUGGCUUUUUCCUUGUUUAAACAAUCAUGGCAUUUCAGCUGUGUGGGUUACCACUGUGUAAAAUCACCUCAUUUUUCCUGUUUUCUGUCUUUGCUAUUGGAGACGGACACUAUAAGAGCUUCGUGAAGUAUAAUCAGUUGCAGGAUAACAAGCGGGGAGCUGCGUUUGAAGAGCAGUGGUUUAUUCAGAAACUGGAUCACUUCAGUGGUGCAGACACCAGAGUGUGGAAGCAAAGGUACUUUAUAAAUGAAGCCUUCUACAAGCCAGGUGGUCCAGUGUUUCUGAUGAUAGGUGGAGAGGGUCGAGCAAAUCCAGCAUGGAUGCAGUAUGGCACCUGGCUCACCUACGCUGAGAAGCUGGGAGCACUUUGCUUGUUGCUGGAACAUCGCUUCUAUGGAAAGAGUCACCCAACGGAUGACCUCAGCACAGACAAUCUGCGCUUCCUCAGCAGUCGUCAGGCAUUAGCUGACCUGGCUCACUUUCGCACUGUGAUUGGUGAGACCCGAGGGCUGACCAACAGGAAGUGGGUGGCGUUCGGAGGGUCAUACCCCGGCUCGCUUGCUGCUUGGUUCAGGCUGAAGUACCCUCAUCUGGUCCAUGCCUCCGUGGCUACGAGUGCACCUGUUUAUGCUACAGUCAACUUCCCAGAGUACUUGGAGGUCGUGUGGCGUUCCCUGGCCUCAGAGAGUGCAGAGUGCCCUCUACUGGUGAAAAAGGCUUCAGAUACCCUUGUGGAGCGCCUGAAGGACCCCAAGACCUAUGAUAAUAUCACAAAAGACUUCAACUUGUGUUCCAAACUGCAAAUCCAGACAGACGCAGACUCUGCCUACUUCUUAGAAACGCUGGCUGGCGUCUUCAUGGAUGUUGUCCAGUACAAUGAAGACAACAGGGUGUUUGAGGGUAUCCCGGGCACAAACAUCACCAUCAAAGUGCUAUGUGAUGUGAUGGGUGAUACCUCACUGAAAGACCCAUAUUCCCGCUAUGCUGCUGUGGCCCGCCUCAUGAUGGACACCUUCUUUAUUAAAUGCCUGGAUACCACCUUCGGUACCUACUUCAGAGACAUGACUAACACAUCCUGGCAUGGGCCAGCUGCAGGGGGAGGGAGACAGUGGGUCUACCAGACAUGCACUGAAUUUGGAUUCUACCAGAGCACUGAUUCACCCAACCAACCAUUCAAUGGCUUCCCUCUUGCGUAUUAUUUGAAACAAUGUGCAGACUUCUACAAUGUCAGUGCCGAGCAGUUGGCGGAGGCUGUGGCUCAGACCAAUGAGUACUAUGGUGGCUAUGACAUCCGCUCCACCAGGAUAGUUUUCCCCAAUGGGUCCAUUGACCCCUGGCAUGCCUUGGGAAUCACUCGGGACAUCACGUCUGACCUCCCUGCUGUUUUCAUCAAAGGAACAGCCCACUGUGCCAACAUGUACCCUGCUAGAAGUCAGGAUCUCCCUCAGCUUGCUCUGGCUCGUGACCAUAUCUUCUUACUCCUCCAGCAGUGGUUGAAACAGUGAUUGACAGAUUAACAGGCCAAUCAGAGACCUGAAUGAUUUGAUGUAAACUCAUUACUUUCUUGUCAAGAUUGUUGACUUUGGAAUUACAGUGUUUAUUUGACUGCCACUUUGAAAAAAGCAUCAGCCGGUACAAAGUUCGGGUGUUUUUAAAUAAGCGAGACUAUUUCAGGAGAACAAAUAAAGAUGUUUAUACUAACACUG